AUGCCCGUACACAACAUCCAAACAGAAGACGAGUUCCAGCGCGCAAUUUCAGAGCACGGCCUCGUCAUUGUCGACUUUUUCGCCACGUGGGACGUCGACUCAAAGACCCUCGCUCCCAUCUUUGUUGAGCAGUCGAACCGCGAUGACCUCCAGGACGUCGUCUUUGCCAAAGUCGACGUGGACGAGCUGGCAGCCCUGACGGGCCGGCUGGGCGUUGCGUCUACACCUACCUUCUUCCUGUACAGGAAUGGGCACAAGGCUUUCGAGUCCGUGGAGCCGGGGCCGCAGGGAUUGCUGCAGUUUAUAGGCGAGGCCAAGUAG